CUUUUCUGCACUCACGAGUAAUCCUCCACUCUUCGCCUUUUCUUUCCAGCCUAUUUUGGUUGAUUAUAUGCUUUAAUUGUUAAGUGUUUCUUGGGAAAAUGAAGGAAAACGUAGGGAACCCUUUGCAUCUCAAAUCUUUGAACCACGUCUCACUUGUGUGUAAAUCAGUUGAGGAGUCCAUUGGUUUCUAUCAGAAUGUUCUUGGGUUCGUUCCUAUCAGGAGGCCCGGCUCUUUUGACUUUGAUGGGGCAUGGUUAUUUGGCUUCGGGAUCGGAAUACAUCUAUUGCAAUCAGAUCAUCCGGAGAACAUGCCAAAGAAGACUGAAAUUAAUCCAAAGGAUAAUCAUAUCUCUUUCCAGUGCGAGAGCAUGGGUGCAGUAGAGAAGAAGCUGACGGAGAUGGAGAUCACAUACGUGCGGGCAAUGGUAGAGGAAGGCGGGAUCCACGUUGAUCAGAUAUUCUUUCACGAUCCUGAUGGAUUCAUGGUGGAGAUAUGCGACUGUGACAACCUUCCGGUGGUCCCUUUAGCCGGCGAGAUGGCUCGGUCAUGCUCGCGCAUAAACCUCCAAAUGAUGCAGCAUCAGCAGCAGAUCCGAGUGGUCCAUCAGUAGAAAAUAGGGGGGUUUGGUGGAGUGCCAAUAAUAAUAAAAUCAUCGGAAAUGUGUUCCAUUUUCUAUUGCUUUUUCUUUGUGUGUGUGACAGGACAACGUUGUGAACUCAUGAUAAUCAUCAUCCAAAUGGGAAAUUGUUUGUUUUCCAACUUUGCUGUAGAAGUUGGAAUCUCAA